CCGAAAAUUCCAAUUUCCAUCUCCCACCCCACCCGCCUCCUUCCUCGAGCUCACCACCGCACGGCGGCCACGGAGCGAGGGCAGGGAGGACAGAGGGAGGAAUCCGAUUCCUCCUCCCGCUCCCGCUCGUGGCUCGCCUCCGACCCCACCACCACCACCAGAUAGAUCACCGCCAUGGCACGCCGCGCACUUUCGGCGCCCGUCCGCUCCCACCGAUUCGCCUUCGCCGAACCUAGGUUGCAAGAUCCAAUGGGGAACAGUGUCGAGAAAAACAACAUACUGAAAGAAUUCUACAUUCCUACCUAUAUUUUCAAGGCGGAGUCUCCAAAAGAGCAAGUUUGUCAGAUACCCAGUUGCCCAGUUAUUGUUUUUAUCAACACCAAAAGUGGUGGGCAACUGGGACAUGAUUUAAUUGUGACGUACCGUAAGCUUCUCAAUCAUGCUCAGGUGUUUGAUCUACUUGAGGAAGCUCCAGACAAGGUCUUGCACGAAUUCUAUGGCAACUUGGAAAGGCUCAAGCUUGAUGGAGAUGAUCUUGCUUCUGAAAUCCAUAGGAGAUUGAGGCUAAUAGUUGCUGGCGGCGAUGGAACAGCAGGUUGGUUGCUUGGAGUUGUAUCUGAUCUCAAACUAGUUCAUCCGCCUCCUGUUGCUACAGUUCCCCUGGGAACUGGAAAUAACCUGCCAUAUUCCUUUGGAUGGGGUAAGAAAAAUCCUGGUACAGAUCAUGAGUCGGUCAUAUCGUUCCUACAGUUAGUAAAAGAAGCUAGAGAGAUGAACAUUGAUAGCUGGCAUAUGGUCAUGAGGAUGGAAAGCCCAAAAGGUUCUCACUGCGACCCAAUUGCUGCUCCUGAUUUACCACAUUCCCUGCAUGCAUUUCGCCGUGUGCCGAAGACAGAACCAGAAGAUAUGGAAUAUUCUUACACAUUUCGCGGAGGGUUUUGGAAUUAUUUCAGUAUGGGAAUGGAUGCGCAAGUGUCUUACGCAUUUCACUCUGAGAGGAAAUUGCAUCCAGAGAAAUUCAAGAAUCAGUUGUCUAAUCAGAAAUCAUAUUUGAAGCUGGCAUGCACACAGGGAUGGUUCUGUGCCUCUUUAAAUCAUCCAAUGUCACGGAAUAUUGCUCACCUUGCGAAAGUGAAGAUAAUGAAGAAAUCUGGAAAGUGGGAAAACCUGGAAAUUCCACAGAGUAUCCGGUCCAUUGUUUGUCUCAAUUUACCCAGCUUCUCUGGUGGACUCAAUCCCUGGGGAACACCAAGUAAAAGAAAGCAGAGAAAAAGAGAUUUGGUGAUGCCUCCACUCGUGGAUGAUGGGCUUUUGGAGAUUGUGGGUUUCAAAGAUGCUUGGCAUGGCCUUGUCUUGUUGUCUUCAAAAGGGCAUGGCACUCGUCUUGCUCAGGCCCGCCGCGUUCGUUUUAAAUUUCACAAGGGUGCAACUGACCAUGCUUACAUGAGAAUUGACGGGGAGCCCUGGAAGCAGCCUCUUCCAGAAGACGAUGGCAAGGUCAUUGUGGAGAUAUCCCAUGCCGGACAGGUCAAGAUGCUAGCGACCAAAGACUGCAUAGCUAAAGGCAUCCACGAGUCCCCGGCUAUGUCGACAUACUAUACAGAAUCCAGCUCCAGCGAUGAGGAUGAUGACUUCACAGAGGAGCGGAGAAACUUUGGUGCUGCCUUAUCGUUCCGCUACAUGGGUGAUGUAAACAAACAGUAGAAGCUUGCUUCUUUCAUUGAGCCCUGUACAGUUUGUCAGAGUAGGAACAGUUUGACUGCCGCGCUAAUUUUGUGGAACACUCGACGCUGCCCCUGUAAGAUCCUUUUUUCGGCAAGGUUGUUUGGGUAUGACAAAGUUGUUGUGCCGUCCAGAA